AUGGCAGCUGUAGACGUGGAAGACGAAAGUAUUCUGGCGUCUAUCUUCAAGGAUAGCUUUCCUGAUAACUGGAGAGACAAUCCAGAUUUUGCGGCAUAUUUGUCAGAGCUAAGCUCGUAUGGCGUGGAAAAAUUAAACAGGGAGCCCGAUCGUUUAGCCGAGGAGAGGGCUCAGAUAUUGCAGCAGACCCGUGAACUGGCGUUCUCUAACUAUAAAACUUUCAUCCGCACAGCUGAUUGCACUAAGGAGAUUUAUCGCGAUUUUGGACGAGUGGAGAGCAGUGUAUCUAAACUCUUGGAUAAACUGCCAAGCUUUGGUGAAAAAUGCAGAGGUUUCAUCAAAGAGGCCGAAGACAUCGGGAUUAGUCGGCGCAUGAACAGCUUGACGCUGAACCGACACACUGAAAUCCUUGAAAUUCUUGAGAUCCCUCAGCUUAUGGACACGUGCGUUCGAAAUGGUUAUUAUGAGGAAGCGCUGGAGUUGGCAACUUAUGUGAAAAGGCUGGAGAAGAAACACUCCUCUCUUCCGGUCAUACAGGGGAUUGUACAGGAGGUGCGACAAUCUGCACAGCUUAUGCUAAACCAGCUUCUGCAGCAGCUGCGUAGCAACUCUCAGCUUCCAGUUUGUUUGCGUGUGAUUGGCUAUCUACGCCGCAUGGAUGUGUUUACAGAAGCGGAGUUACGUGUUAAAUUCCUUCAGGCCCGGGGCAGUUGGUUGCGUUCCAUUUUGACUGCUAUCCCUGACGAUGACGCUUACUUCCACAUCACCAAGACCAUCGAAGCCUGUCGUGUGCACUUGUUUGACAUCAUCACACAGUACCGGGCCAUCUUUUCAGAUGACGACCCUCUGCUGUCACCAGGAGGAUGCACAGUGAAUGAGAGCGCCAUCUUCCAUGGAUGGGUGGUACAACAAGUGGCACAGUUUUUGGAGACCCUGGACAGGGACCUCCAGCGUGGGGUAGGAGGCCGCUUGGACUCUCUUCUUGGCCAAUGCAUGUACUUUGGUCUCUCCUUCAGCCGUGUGGGAGCAGACUUCCGUGGCCAGCUUGCACCCAUGUUCCAGAGAGUGGCCAUGGAUACUUUUCGUAAAGCGACAGAAGAAGCUGUAGUGAAGUUCCAGGAGGAUAUGAAUCUGUACACACUCAUUUCUCUCCCAUCAGUGCUUGGCAGCACAAUACCCACUGUGGCUCCAAGCACUCAGCCAGGGACACUGCAGCCACCAAUGGCCCUGCUGGAUUUCCCCCCAUUAGCAUGUUUUCUCAACAAUAUUUUGACUGCAUUCAAUGAUCUCAGACUCUGCUGCCCCGUUGGCCUGGCCCAGGAAGUUACCAAAUGCCUUGAGGAUGCACUUUUGAAGGUGACAAAAUUGAUCCUGGUUUUCCAUCGAGCAGAAGAGUCUGCGUUUAGCAGCCGGGAGCAGGAUUUGUUUGUUCAGUUCUGUUGUGCUUUUGCGGAGGACAUGGUGCCUUUCCUAAAUCGCUGUCUGCAGGUCCUCUUCCCCCCAGCCCAACUUGCUCUUAUCCUCGGUGUUCCGCCCACACAGGUUCAGAAAUAUGGCAGCCUAGGGUGCACUGAUGUGAAAGCUGUUCUGGAACCUCUGGAGUUUGUGCUUCCCAAGAAGGAGGUGCCCACUGUGGAUCUUUGUGCUGAACUCACCAGCAUAACCAGUAUGGAGCCUGAACUCCAGCCGACUGGAGCCAAAGAAGAGCUGUUGUCAAAGUCAAACUGAUUCUCAGUUGCAAAGAUUAUUUAAUUCUGCUUGCUCCUAAAAUUCAUCAGACACCAAUAGAAAUAAGGAUGGAACAGCUUGAUUUCAUUUCCUCACUAGAAUUCACACAAAACUAAUUUGGGUAAUUUGUUUAAUUUUGGGACAUGCUGCAUGUAUUUGUAAAUAUGGGUUUUAGUUUUAAUACAUGUUAAAUACUGAAUAUCUCCUUAACCAUCAAUGUGU